AUGAAAUACGGUGAAAUCUCCCAUUUCAGUCACCCUAGGCACACUCUCAAAUUCGAUUACGCCGAGGCGCCGUUCAAGUGCGACGGAUGCAAGGAAGUCGGUAUCGGCUCAUCCUACAAGUGCACCGCCACCAGCUGCAAUUUCGACCUCCACACACACUGCGCCAUCCCUUCCCCAACCAUAGUUCACCCGUUCUACACCAAGUGCUCGUUCCAGUUCCUCAGCCGGCCGCCCGGACCGGAGGCGCGUUACUGUAACGCGUGCGAGAGAGGCGUAUCGGGAUUCCUGUACCACUGUAAGCUGUGCGGCUUCGACCUUCACCCUUGCUGCGCUAAAUUGCCGAUGGUGCUCAAUGACGGCGACAUCAAACUGUAUUUAUACCCAAAAGUCGGCGCGCCUUGUCACAGGUGCGGGAGAAAGGGGAGGAGCUGGAGCUACAGGUCCUCGUGCAAAAAGUACAACCUCCACGUGGCGUGCGUGAAGGAGAUGCUGGUUGACAGCUGGCACGAAAUCUACGAAGGUAAAGGCAAGGGCGAGUCCGAGCCUGAGUCCGAACCUAACCGCGGGAUCCCGAGCCUGAAAGCGAGGCUGGAGAGUCACAGCCACCACGCCAAGUCGUCGAAAGGGAAGGCCCAGAAAUGCUGCGAGAUGGCCGCGCUCGCCCUGCAGUUUGUUGUCUCUGCAAUUCUCGGAGAUCCCACUACCCUAAUUGCUGGCCUCGUAGGCACCCUGAUUUCCAGAUAAUUAAUUAAUUAAUAUCAAUUCUAUUUAUAAAUAUGUGGAGCUUGGUGUAUUAUUACUAUUAUUGUUGCUAUUAAAUAAAUAAAAUCACUUUCAACGGGAACACCACGUUCAAAAUGUUUGACCGU